AUGGCGCCCAUCGAGUCUCUGCUCUGGCGUCGACUGCGGAUUCACCAAAUAUACGGCGCAAACACGGACGUAGGGAAGACCAUCUUCUCCACCUUCCUCUGUAAUGCCGCGUCUAACCAUCGAGGUGGUGCCGACAGGGUGGCCUACCUGAAACCUGUCUCAACGGGACCAAGGGAUGAAGCAGAUUCCAACCACAUCAAGAGAUUCGCGCCCUCCACCAGCACCGAGGUUCUUUAUCAGUAUGACAUUCCCUGCAGCCCUCACACGGCCGCAAUUGCGUCGGGAAGACCAAUUCCGUCCGACCAUGCCCUGCUACGCAAGAUUCAAGAAGCAGCCGCGCGGCAGGCUGAGCUGGGGCCUGGCUGGCUGUUCCUGGAGACUGCUGGUGGUGUUCACUCCCCGGGCCCUUCUGGCACAUCGCAGGCCGAGCUGUAUGCUCCUCUCCGGAGCUCAGUCCUCUUGGUUGGUGAUUCCAGACUGGGAGGCAUCUCUCAGACCAUUUCUUCCUAUGAGUCCUUAAAGAUUCGCGGCUAUGACGUAGCAAGUGUGCUGCUGUUCCAGAAUGACCAGUAUAACAAUGAUGGAUACUUAGAAGAGUACUUUGACAAGCAGGGCAAGAUUCCUGUCACGACAAUCCCUGGACCGCCUGCUCAGCACAGUAACCGGGAUGAGGAUGUAAUGGCUCUGGCUGCCUACUACAGCCACACAGGCUCCUCCAACAAGAUCGGCAAGGUUGUCGAGACUCUAGACAAGCUUGCCCAAGAUCGCAUCUCUCAACUCGAAUCAAUGAGCGAGCGGGCGUUCAAAACCAUCUGGUACCCUUUCACCCAGCAAAAGCUUCUAUCUCCUGGCUCCAUCUCUACUAUUGACUCCGCCCAUGGAGACUACUUCCAGAUCUACAAAUCUCAAGACACAGCAAAAUCAUCCAAUAAGCCACUUAUCCAGCCUGCUUUUGACGGAUCUGCUUCGUGGUGGACGCAAGGCUUAGGCCACGCAAGCUCCCAGUUGACGUUGGCCGCCGCCUACGCGGCAGGUCGCUACGGACACGUCAUGUUUGCCGAGGCAGUUCACGAGCCGGCCAUUGCCCUGGCUGAGAAUCUGCUGCGAGGCAUGCAGAAUCCACGGCUCACGCGCGCCUUUUACACCGAUAACGGAAGCACGGGCUGUGAGGUCGCCAUCAAGAUGGCAUUGCGCGCCAGCCGUGACAGGUACGGGUGGGAUGUGAAAGACAAGAUUGAGAUCCUUGGCCUCAAGGGGAGCUACCACGGUGACACCAUCGGAGCCAUGGACGCCAGCGAGCCUUGCACGUUCAACGAGAAGGUGGACUGGUACCAGGGCAAGGGUUACUGGUUUGACUAUCCCACCGUCAACUGUACCAAUGGGAAAUGGGUCGUCCAUGUCCCCGAGCCUCUUCGUGAGCACUUGGGAGAUGGUGAAGAAUUCGAGUCUCUGUCCCAUGUCUUUGAUGUUUCGUCCAGGUCAAAAACUGCGGUGCUGCAAAUGUACGAAACCUAUGUUCGGCUUGUGCUCGAGAGGCUCGGUAAGCAAGGCCACAAAUUUGGUGGCCUCAUGAUGGAACCGGUUAUUCUCGGUGCCGGCGGUAUGAUCUUUGUCGAUCCCCUGUUCCAACGGGCACUUGUGAAUGCAGUACGCAAAUCUACACACCUCAUCGGCAAUGCGCAUGCUCAACCCACUGGUGAGAACGAUUGGUCCGGCUUGCCCGUCAUUCACGAUGAAGUCUUCACUGGCUUGUACCGCCUGGGCCGAUUCACCCCGUCGUCUUUCCUGGGUGUUCACCCGGAUAUCACAGUCCAUGCCAAGCUUCUAACCGGUGGUCUUCUCCCUCUUUGUCUUACAUUGGCAUCGGACUCAAUCUUCAAGACCUUUGAAUCCGAUGACAAAAGUGAUGCUCUCCUUCACGGACAUAGCUACACCGCUCAUGCUAUCGGAUGCAAUGUUGCUGUAGAGACUCUAAACGAACUGCAAACCAUGGAUACGAGAGGUGACUGGAACUGGGCCAGGAAUAGCAACUGGAGGGAAGGCCCUGUUCCAAGCUCAUCCCAGGACAAUGCAGCUCUUCCAGAAGCAUGGUCCGUCUGGUCUCGGGAUUUUGUAACCGAGGUCUCGAAGAGGACAGAUAAAGUGUCUGGCGUCUGGGCGCUUGGCAGCGUCCUCGCCAUUACUAUGCGCGAUGCAGAUGGGGGUGGGUACAAGAGUAAGGCGGCUACUAAUUUCCAGGCGGCACUAAAACAAGGCGAGGCGUGGAGUGUCCACAGCCGUGUUCUAGGAAACGUGUUUUAUAUUAUGGCGAGCCAGAAGACUAGCCAGGAAACAGUUGAGGAGAUGGAGAGAAAACUGCUCUAUUGCUUGGAGAAAAUAUAA